UCCCUCACAUCACACACACACACACACAAUCAAUUUGCCAACUGAGAAACAAGUAGUAGUCGUAGUGGUAGUUUGGUUGGCAAUUUUCAGGAGAAAAAGGCCAUGGCAUCUCUAGCAACCUUCGCCGCCGUGCAACCCACCGCUGUCAAGAGCGUUUCUGGAAGCUCCAUCGCCGGCACUAAGCUCCACCUCAAGCCAUCUCGCCAGCCCAUGAGAUCCACCAGCUACAGAGCUGGUGCUGUGGUGGCCAAAUAUGGGGACAAGAGUGUGUACUUUGAUUUGGAGGAUCUGGGCAACACAACUGGCCAGUGGGACUUGUAUGGGUCAGAUGCACCUUCACCAUACAACCCCCUUCAGAGUAAAUUCUUCGAGACAUUUGCAGCUCCUUUCACAAAGAGAGGAUUAUUGCUCAAAUUCUUGAUAUUGGGAGGAGGUUCUACCCUUGCUUAUGUCAGCACCACUGCCUCGCCAGAUCUCUUACCUAUUAAAAAGGGUCCCCAACUUCCACCCAAGCUUGGACCGCGUGGCAAAAUCUAAUUCUCCUGUAACCUCUAUGUUCUUCUUCAACCUUUCUAUUGUGUUUUGGUGUAUCAUUUUUACAAAUGUAAGUAUGCCAACCGUCUAGCUAAUGACCUCUAUUAAUUAUUUGAAAAUACUUGCUUUGAUUCUGAUUGGGGAAUUGCUUUCUGACUUUAUGGAUUGCUCUUCGAAUUUGAUAUUUUGGUCA